GCGGCCCUGCUCUGCUCCAGUACGCCGGCCGGGUUUAGCAAGGUUAGCUGAAACAAGUGUCUUAAAUCGCCUUGUUCCUUAAAAUGUCUCACCCAACACCGUCUGUCACGCCUUCAAACCCCGAAAACCCCCGUGUCUUCUUCGAUGUGGACAUUGGUGGAGAAAGAGCUGGCCGAAUAGUUCUGGAGCUGUUUGCUGAUAUCACCCCUAAAACUGCUGAAAACUUCCGGGCACUCUGCACUGGAGAAAAAGGCACUGGCAAAUCGACCGGGAAACCGCUGCACUUCAAAGGAUGCCCGUUCCACAGAAUCAUCAAGAAGUUCAUGAUCCAAGGAGGUGACUUCUCCAACCAUAAUGGCACUGGGGGUGAGAGCAUCUAUGGGGAGAAGUUUGAGGAUGAAAACUUCCACUACCAGCAUGACAAACCAGGUCUGCUCAGCAUGGCAAACGCUGGGCCAAACACCAACGGCUCGCAGUUCUUCAUUACUACUGUCCCCACACCACACUUAGAUGGCAAGCAUGUCGUCUUUGGACAAUUGUUAAAAGGGAUGGGAGUCGUUAAAAUGCUGGAGUCUGUUGACACUAAUGACGACGCCCCUGUAAAGCCAUGUGUCAUAGCAGACUGUGGUGAGCACAAGGAUGGAGACAGCUGGGGCGUUGCACCAACCGAUGGAUCAGGGGACACCCACCCAGACUUCCCUGAGGACUCUGACAUCGACUUUAAGGAUGCUGACAAAGUUCUCUCUGUUGCUGAGGACGUGAAGAAUAUUGGAAACAGUCUUUUUAAGAAUCAAGACUGGAAAGCUGCAGUCAACAAAUAUAGCAAAGCCCUCAGGUAUUUGGAGGUGAGUAGAGAGCACCUGGAGGAGGAGGUGCAGCAGAAGCUGGAGCCCACAGCCCUCAGCUGCUUCCUAAACACAGCAGCAUGUCAGCUGAAGAUGCAGCUGUGGCAGGAUGCUCUAGACAGCUGCAAUGAGGCUGUAGAGCUGAACGAAGCGAACACUAAGGCACUUUUCCGGAGGGCCCAGGCAUGGCAGGGGUUAAAGGAAUACAGCAAAGCCAUGAUUGAUCUGAAGAAAGCUCAGGAAAUAACUCCAGAAGAUAAAGCUAUCAGCAACGAGAUGAAGAGAGUCCAGCUUAAAAUCCAGGAGGAGAAGGAGAAAGAGAAGAAAAUCUAUGCCAAAAUGUUUGCAUAAACAUUUCACCAAAUGAUGCAAUGAAUUCUUUAACAUAAUCAUAAGUCCUCUCUAUAUGGUAAGCUGCACUUAUUCAGAUAAGAAGUCUGCCACCAGGUGAAAAUGUUCAGUAUCUUUAUUUGCCGUGUCCUUUUCUGUUUUCCAGCGAGCACAUUUUCCACGGUCUGUAUUCCUACAAGGGAAAAUAACUGUUGUAAGCGUUGACCUGUCUUAAUUCUGACAAGUGACUUCACUGUACUGAAUAGUUUAAGUGUUAGUCUGAUGCAUGGCUGACUCCACUGCUGACUCCAAAGACUGGGUUAAAGCUCAACACUAGUCUUUGUUCUGGGGUUUUGAAGUAGUUCAGCAAAGUUGUGUAUGUUGUACCGUUUCAUGGUAGGGACUUUGAUGCAGUUCCCUUGGCCACAUAACAGUACAUCCAUUUGUUUUUAUUUAUGUUUUACAGAGGUCAAUAAAAAAAAGGGACAACA